UUUCGUGGUUACGAACAUUCAUAAGCUUCUCUCUGUUUAAAAAUUGAAGGAACGGGCAUGGAAAAUACCUCGAAUAAGGAAGAACAAAAUAAUCAAAAUAAUUCAGACUCUGAAGUAGGCGACGUAGAACCAAGACUCAAAUACGUCAGGGUACGAAACGAUUUAGAAAAUAUAUUGCAAAAUGAUGCAGCUAGUUGCAUUGCAGUACAUUCUAAGUUCCUAUGUCUGGGUUCACACUGGGGUAUGAUACAUCUAUUAGAUCAUCAAGGAAACAAUAUACAAUCUAAAAGUUUACAAGCACAUACAGUUGCUGUGAAUCAGAUCUCUAUAGACUAUAAAGGAGAUUUCAUUGCAUCGUGCAGUGACGAUGGAAAAGUUUUUAUAUAUGGUCUUUAUAGCACAGAAAAUAAUCAUAAGAUGAAUAUGGGUCGAUUAGCUAAAAGUAUAGCUAUAGACCCAAAUUAUUAUAAAAAUGGUAAUGGAAGAAGAUUUAUUACAGGAGAUGACAAAUUGGUCUUAUAUGAAAAAACUUUUUUAUCUAGAAUGAAACUAACUGUAUUAUGUGAUGCAGAAGGAGGAGUAAGGUCAAUUGCAUGGAUUGGACAUUUUGUGGCUUGGGCAUCUGAUACUGGUGUUAGAGUCUAUGAUUUAAAUGCCAGAUGUUCAUUAGGUCUUAUUAAAUGGACUAGAUCUGCUGAUGCAUUACCAGAACAUUACAGAUGUAAUCUUCGAUGGUCAGAUGAUAGAACUCUAUUAAUUGGUUGGGUUGACAUAGUCAGAAUUUGUCAAAUUAGAAAGAGAUCAAUGCAAGAGAUGAUUAAUAGAGAUCUACCAGAAUAUGUAGUAGAUCCAGUUUCCACUUUUCAAGUGGACUUUUAUAUCUCUGGCAUUGCACCCUUAGAAAAUCAGUUAGUAUUAUUGGGCUGUUUAAAAGAAUUGGAUGAAAAUGGUAAAAGUCAGAGGCCAACGUUGCAUGUUGUUGAACCAAAAUUUCAGGAUUUUUCUAUUGUCUGUGCAAAUUCUCUUACACUUCGUGGUUAUAAAGAAUACAGUUGUAAUGAUUAUCAUUUAGACUGUUUAAAAGAAGAAAACAGGUUUUUUAUUGUAAGUCCAAAGGAUAUUGUUGUAGCUAGUCUAUAUAACGCAGAUGACAGAAUUGAAUGGUUGUUAAGCCAUGGAAAAUUUGAACAAGCAUUAGAGGCAGUAACAGUAAAUAACGAGAAAGAUUGUAAGAAGUAUACUUUAGUUAAUGUUGGCCGUGUAUACUUAGAUCAUUUAUUAGAUUGUGAGAAAUAUAAUGAAGCAGGAAAACUUUGUUUAAAAAUUUUUGGAAAGGAUAAAAAAUUGUGGGAAGAAGAAGUAUAUAAAUUUGCAAAAGUCCACCAAUUGCGGUCUAUCUCUUCAUAUCUCCCUAGAGGCGAUGUAACAUUAGAUCCGUUGAUUUACGAAAUGGUUCUUUUCGAAUAUUUGAAAAUGGAUCCUAAUGGAUUUCUUGAUCUAGUCAAAGAAUGGUCACCGAAACUGUAUAAUGCAGCAGCUGUUGUAAAUGGUGUUUUAGAACAUCUAAUUCAUAAUCAACGACAAAAUGUAUUAUUAGAAGCUUUAGCUAUUUUAUAUAUUCACGACGGAAAAUAUGAUAAAGCAUUAGCUAUGUACCUAAAAUUGAGACAUAAGGCUGUAUUUGAACUUAUUCGAAAGUACCCACUAUCCAAAACCAUUUUCGACAUGAUAGAAGGUUUAAUGGAUUUGGAUGCGGAACGUACUAUACAGUUUCUUUUAGAAAAAAAUAGGGUGCCAUCUGACAUUGUUAUACAGCAAUUGGAGCAUAAUCACCGAUAUUUAUAUUUGUAUUUAGAUGCAUUAGACCAAAAAGAUACAGAAAACUCAAAAAGUAAACACCAUGGAUUGCUAGUCCAACUUUAUGCUUAUUAUUCAAGAGAUAAAUUAUUACCACUUUUACGUCGUUCAGAUAAUUAUCCUAUACAACAAGCAUUAGAUAUAUGUAGUCAGCUGCGAUUCUAUCCAGAAAUGGUGUAUCUACUUGGUAGAAUUGGAAAUACUUCUGAAGCUUUAGCACUUAUGACUAGAGAAUUAAAUGAUAUGGAGAGUGCGAUCGCAUUUUGUCAAGAACACGAUGACGAAGAAUUAUGGAAUGAUCUGAUCAUUUAUUCCCUGGAUAAGCCCAAAGCCAUCACAUUUUUAUUGCAAAAAAUAGGCACAUAUGUUGAUCCUAGACUGUUGGUACAAAGAAUAAAACCAUCUUUAAAAAUUCCUGGUUUGAAAAAGGCUUUAGUCAAAAUGAUGUGUGAUUAUAAUCUGCAAGUGUCAGUACAAGAAGAUUGUAAAAAAAUUUUAUCCAAUGAUUAUUUUAAUUUACAUGAAAGACUGGUUAAGUGUCACCAAAAAGGAAUAUUUAUAGAUGAUGAUCAAAUAUGUGGAAUUUGUGAUAGAAAAAUAAUUGUAAAAGAACCAAGGAAUUUAAUUGUAUUUUAUUGUAAACAUUCAUUUCAUGAAGAUUGUUUAUCAAAAUUCAAAAUGGAAAAUUGUGUUAUAUGUAAUUUUCCAAAAGAUAUAUCUCCUAAUAAGAAAUGAUACAGGCAAUGGAAUUUUGAUGUUGCUGAGCUGAUAACUUUUGACCCACCGAAAUGACCAUCAAUGGACAUUGAAGAUUGCACAUGCACUAAAAGUUCCCGAGCCUUUGGCCCAAUGGAUUCUAUCAGAAUACAGUAACCGCCUAUUGGCUUUGUAUCACUUAUAGAUUCAUUUUUUAAACAAAUUAUCAAAGU